UUAUCUGCAGAUUGGGGUUAUGUAUGUAUGUAUUCUGUAUCAUCCGGAGCUGAGAUAGUUCUGCCCUUCAAUUAGAGACCUGUAAUUGCGUUUUUUUUCGUCAUCGGACGCCAGGCGAUCAAUAAAAUAUUAUUGGAUACCUAAAAUUAAACAAAACAUACACAGGUAAUAUUUAAUUGUGCAGACAUGCCUCGUAAGGAGAGGAGGUGGAGAGAGCUAUAUUACAGUGUUUAAUCAUACACUCCCUUAUCUCCCUAUUCCUCUAUUCUUUCCUGCUUAUCGCUCAAACAAAUCAUUAUUUAUAAAUUAACAUCAGCAUUAAUUUAAGAUACCUUCAUUAUUUAUGGAAGGCCACUGUCUAACAUCAUCAAUCCAGCUAUAAUGAUGCUGUAGAGCGUCAGGUUACAAUAACAGCGCUGCGGUGGCAGAUUGACACCUGCCACCGCAGCAAUGGCGCCGCCGCAAGAUGGCGGCGCACACAAACCGGUCGCCGGAUUCGUCUAUAGACCCAACCCAGCUUCUGGAUGAUGUUUAGUUCAUGCUGGCACUUUUGAAUGACUAAAAUACAACCAGAAACCUUCCUGAUUAGAUCCUGAAAACAUCCAUGAAGACUUGAGAUUCCAGCACAAACAGAUGUUGAACAGUUGAAGCUGAAGAGUUUAGUGUUUAACUACAAAAGGAUGAACUGAUGUGAGUUAGUAAAGAGUUUUCAGAAGGAUGAAGACAACGACAGAUAAAAUCAGGUAAAACAGGCAUCAUGAAAAGUCAGGUGACAGUAAUCAGGAAGAGCCGCAGAACUGGAAAUACAGGAAAACUUCAACGUCAGGUGGUUGAGUGAAUCAGAAGGUUUGUCAGAGCGACAGAAGAGCUGCAGCAGAGACUAAACCUGUCUGAUUCUGGGUUUCUGAGUAAAUUCAGACUUCAGAGUUUGUUCUCAUCAACUCAGCAGAGAGUCUGGAGAUACUGAGAUCCAACAUGUCUGCUGGCAGCAACCUGAGAUCUGCAGAUCAGUUCCUGUGCUCCAUCUGUCUGGAUGUGUUCACUGAUCCAGUCAGCACACCGUGUGGACACAACUUCUGUAAAACCUGCAUCACUCAUUUCUGGGAUGAUAAUGUUCUCUACAAGUGUCCCAUCUGUCAAAAGAUGUUCAGUACAAGACCUGACCUGGAAGUCAACACCUUCAUCAGAGAGAUAGUUUCAGAGUUCAGACGUGAAGCUGAACAGAAAUCCAGCAGCAGCAGCUCAGAGCAACAAGCUGCAGAACCAGGAGAAGUUCCCUGUGACGUCUGCACUGGAACCAGACUGAAGGCCCUGAAGUCCUGCCUGGUUUGUCUGCUGUCCUACUGUGAGACUCAUCUGGAGCCUCAUCUGACAAUGUCAGGCCUGAAAAGACAUCAGCUGGUGGAGCCUGUGGAGAACCUGGAGGACAGGAUUUGUAGGAAGCACGAUAAACCUCUGGAGCUGUUCUGUAAGACCGACCAGACAUGUGUCUGCAUGCUCUGCUCUGUUUUAGACCACAAGACUCAUGAGCUUGUUCCUCUGAGAGAAGAAUAUGAAGGAAAGAAGGCAGAGCUGGAGAAGACAGAGGCUGAGAUUCAGCAGAUGAUCCAGAAGAGACGACUGAAGAUUCAGGAGACCAAAGAGUCUCUGAAGAUCAGUAACGAUGCUGCAGACAGAGAGAAAGCAGAAGGUGUUCAGGUCUUCACUGAUCUGAAGGAGUCUGUUGAGAGACGUCUGAAGGAGUUCAUGAAGGAGAUGGAAGACAAACAGAAAACUGCAGAGAAACAGGCCGAAGACUUCAUCAAAGAUCUGGAACAGGAAAUCUGUGAGCUGAAGAAGAGGAGCUCUGAGGUGCAGCAGCUCUCACGCUCUGAAGAUCAACUCCACCUCCUCCAAAGAUUCUCAUCCCUGAAAGAUGCUCCACCCACCAAGAACUGGACAGAGGUCAGAGUCCAUCCACCUUCAUAUGAGGGGACUGUGGUGAGAGCUGUGGACCAGCUGGAGAAGAACCUCAGAGAAAAGAUGAAGAAGCUGCUCGCUGAAGUUGAGCUGAGGAGGAUCCAGCAGUUUGAAGCUGAUGUGACUCUUGAUCCUGAUACAGCACAUCGUAAACUCAUCCUGUCUGAAGAUGGAAAACAAGUUCAAUGUGGUAAUGUGGGGAAGAAUCUUCCAGAUAAUCCAGAGAGAUUCUCUACAAAUCCUUGUGUUUUAGGAAAACAGAGUUUCUCUUCAGGCAGAUUUUACUUUGAGGUUCAGGUUAAAGGAAAGACUGGCUGGGAUGUAGGAGUGGCCAGAGAGUCGAUCAACAGGAAGGGACAAAUCACAGCGAGUCCUCAGAAUGGUUAUUGGACUGUUCGUCUAAGAAAUGUAAACAAUUACUCAGCUCCUAAUUAUUUGCCAGUCCGUCUCCAUCUCAGUUCUCCUCCUGAGAAGUUGGGGGUGUUUGUGGAUUAUGAGGAGGGUCUGGUCUCCUUUUAUGAUGUAAAUGCUGCAGCACUUAUCUACUCCUUUACUGGCUGCUGCUUCAGGGAGAAACUCCACCUGUACUUCUGUCCUUGUGUCAAUGAUGGAGGUAAAAACUCUGCUCCUCUGAUCAUCUGUCCUGUCAAUCAAACUGUCUGAUCUUUGAUGUCAUGAGUCUUCAUCAACUCUGACUGUUUAUUUAAAAUGAUUAAAGAUUCACUCUGAUUGAUGGAAACAAAUGUUCAAGUUCCUCCAAAGUUUUUUAAUCUCAUUAAAGUGAUUAUUUUGUUUGAUUGAUCAUAUCAUCGGCGUUUCUAGCUUCUUUUUAGGGGGGCUACAGCACUGAACCCUAAAAGAUAUGUUUUAUUUUUUGUUGUACGUUUAAUAAGCUAAGGAAAUGUCAAAACCAUAUACAGUAUAUGGAUUAAAGCACCCCAUCAGCAGCACCCCAUGCUACGGAAAUGGUGUGUGUGUGUGUGUGUGCGUGCGUGCGUGCGUGCGUGCGUGCGUGCGUGCGUGCGUGCGUGCGUGCGUGCGUGUGUGCGUGCGUGCGUGCGCGUGUAUAAACAGACAGACAGAAAGCAUCAUCAUGGACACACGCAGAUGCAUAUACAAAAUAUCCAGGUUCAGGUAGGAGUGUAUGAUCACAUGGUGUGACUUCAUUUCUCGUUGCAACCAAAUAUUCAAUUAGAAUGAUGUAAUAUGGAUCAAUUUAUCAUUUAUUAGAUAUAAAUUAUUGAAUAUUAUAUUAAUUAUUAUAUAUAUAUUAUCAUAUAGACUUAUCAUAUUUGGUUGACAGUUCAAAGAAAGAGAGGAGCAGAGAGAGGACUUUAUUAGUAAUUUUAUUAUAAUUUUUUAUAUGAAUGUAAGGGGACAGAGAAGGAGCUUACAGACCACAAAUAAGAAUGCACCUACUUGUGCGGUGUCAAGGGUCAUCCACCAUGAGUUGCACUUCAAUUUGAUCAAGAAACCACACUCAGGGUGGUAGCCUAGUGGUAACAGAGGAGGGCUGGAGUCUGGAGGGCUCACGUUCAAGCAUUGAAACUGGAUUGCAAUUGAGUUCAACCACUGCUGAGUCAUUGUAUGGCAGACUCCUAGUCUGACUGGAAACGGGUCAAAUUCAGAGAAUAAAAUGUCCCCGUUGUGGGAUUACUAAGGGAAAAAAUGUAUUUAUGUUUAAAUAACUUUUCUCACAUUUAUUGGUUUACUCAGUGUUUCUUCUACCCUAAAUGUGUCAUGCUUUUCUUUCACAAAUGUGGGAAUGAUGGUUCAAACUUGUGUUAAAAUGUACAAAACAGUGAAGUUUAUUUUGCCUCGCCGGCCAGCAAACUCUGAAUGCUCAACACGUCUAAAGCUCUGAUCCUAGAAUCACCCUGUAUCAUAUUUUUUUUUGUUGUACUUCUACCUUUUACCUGUUUUUUGUUCUUCGCUUUUUAAAGGAAGGAGAUUUUCCAGUCAAAUGUAACAUCACGUGAUCUAAGUGUAACAUCUGCAAGUGUGAAUGAUCAAUACAAUAUCUGAUGGUGGAAAGACUGAAAACUGCUGGAUUGUUGAAGUUUUUCCUGAAUAAAGCAGAACUCUGUAA